AUGCUUGCUACCUCCUUUGCCCGCCGUUCUGCCCUCGGCGUCACCACACAGGCCCUACGUUCUGUGUCUACCUGGAAUGCUGUUCCAGCCGGCCCUCCUGACGCCAUUCUAGGUGUUACUGAAGCCUUCAAGGCCGAUAAAGAUCCGCGAAAGAUCAACCUGGGUGUUGGUGCUUACCGCGACGGACAGGGCAAGCCCUACAUUCUGCCUAGUGUCAAGAAGGCGGAAGAGAUCGUACAAGCGUCAGCUCCCGACAAGGAAUACCUUCCUAUCACUGGUCUUCCCGAAUUCACCAAAAAUGCUGCUUUGUUGGCGUACGGCGCGGACAGCGCUGUGAUCAAGCAGGGUGCUGUUUCUAUCACCCAAUCCAUCUCCGGGACUGGUGCCCUCCGUAUUGGUGGAGAGUUCCUCGCUCGCCACUACCCCCACGCAAAAGUAAUCUACGUCCCAGUCCCAACUUGGGGAAACCACAUUCCUCUGUUCCGCGACUCUGGUCUUGAAGUACGUGGGUACAGGUACUUCAACAAGGAGACCGUCGGAUUGGACUUUGAGGGCCUUAAGGCCGACCUCAAGGCCGCACCAGAGCACGCCAUUGUGUUGCUUCACGCCUGUGCCCACAACCCUACAGGUAUUGAUCCCACUCAACAGCAAUGGGCUGAGAUCUCCGACAUCGUGAAGGAGAAGAAGCUGUUCCCCUUCUUCGAUAUGGCUUACCAAGGCUUUGCCUCUGGUUCGACCUCUAAGGACGCUUUUGCUGUCCGUCACUUCGUUGCCGAAGGACACCAAAUUGCCCUUGCACAGUCCUUUGCCAAAAACAUGGGUCUGUAUGGAGAGCGUGUUGGCGCAUUCUCUCUGACCACCGCCGAUCCGGCUGAGAAGGCACGUGUCGACAGUCAACUGAAGAUUGUCAUCCGUCCUUUGUAUUCCAACCCUCCUCUUCAUGGUGCCCGCAUCGCCAACGCCAUUCUUAGCAAUGGUGAGCUUUACUCCCAGUGGGAGUCCGAGGUCAAAGGAAUGGCCGACCGCAUCAUAAGUAUGCGCGAAAAACUCUACAACUACUUGCAGAAGGAUCUCGCCACUCCUGGAGAAUGGGGGCACAUCAAGAGUCAAAUUGGAAUGUUCAGUUACACUGGUUUGACAACUCCACAAACUAAAGCCCUCGCUGAGAAGGCACAUGUCUAUAUGACUGCUGACGGCCGUAUCUCAAUGGCCGGUCUGAAUGACAGCAAUAUCGAGCACUUUGCUCAGAGCGUAGAUGCUGCUGUCAGAGACAAGCUGUAA